AUGUUACCGUUUCUACAGCGCCAUUGGGAGGCCGGAUUGGAAGGCCCUCUUAUCGAGGAAAUGAUCAGCAGUGCCUUCAGCGACUUUGCCCCUUACGCAGGCGCAGAGCAACAGCAGCUGCGGUUUGUCCGCCGACAGAUGGAUGGCACAACGUCGUCCUUUAUGUACGAUGACGAGGGGGAUUGGGCUGUGAAUGUUGAAAAUCGAAACAUUGGCGCCGUGGCAUUUUCAACGAGAAGAGAGGUCUUGUGUGACUUGCGUGCACGGGUUCCAUUGCGAUUAGGUUCCGUGGAGAAUGAUAACCAUAACGACAAGCCAGGUGGCAAUGCUGACCGGACGGAAAUUUCUCACGCAGUCUCUUCUCAAACAAGAGA